UGACAUCUUCUGGCCGGGGAGUUUUGUUAAGAGCACAAACGCUCAUUCGAACGUUACAACACAUCGCUUGCGGUACGAUUUCGGAAACAUAAGGAACAUAUCAGAUAAAUAUUUUCUAAAUCCAAAAGGUUCAAUUACUACACACCUUUAUAGGGUUAGGGUUCCCACGCGGCCAUAUGACAGCGCUUGUUCAAGGAAGACCGAGGCAGCCACCUGUGCUAAUUAGCUAUCUGGUGUGCUCCGAACACCUGCGUAACUCGGAAGUGUAGUUCGUCACCUGGAUGCACACACAGCAUAUGGAUCUGUUCAAAACUGCUACAGGACCCUCUGCACACAACAGUCACCCACGAAGCAUCGUUACCCAUCGCUCCACAAAAGCCGCGGCCCUUGCAGAGCAAGGGGAACCACUACUUUAAGGUCUCAGUAAGUGACGUCACCGAUUGAAACGCUAUUAGCGCGCACCACCGCUAACUAGCUAGCCAUUUCACAUCCGUUACAUAUGCAUAGUCACUUUAACCAUACCACCUCAAUAAGCCUGACUAACCGGUGUCUGUAUAUAGCCUUGCUACUGUUAUUUUCAAAUGUCUUUUUACUGUUUUAUUUCUUUACUUACCCACACACACCUUUUUUUUUUCGCACUAUUGGUUAGAGCCUGUAAGUAAGCAUUUCAUGGUAAGGUCUACGCCUGUUGUUUUCGGCGCACGUGACAAACUUUGAUUUGGCAUCAGCAGUUUCUUAUGUCAGUCACUCGAUUGGCCCACGUCAGCUAAAAUGAUUUAGAUUGGUAAAUUAGUCUAGCGGCUAGCUUUCUAAAUGUAGUAAUCAUGAUUGAAUUACAGGCCGGGGGGCCCCAUUGAUGUUGUUAGUUUGUCUCAAAUCAUUAAAACCUGCAAAUAUUCCCCUCUGCUUCAUGGCAAAAUUAGUAGAAUUGCAUGAAAUUAGUUAUAAAAUCGCUAAAUCUUCUCUACCCCAUGUCAAAAUGUGUAGAAUUACAGCAAACUUGCUUUAAAACUGCAACAUUUUUUUACACCCCAUGGCAAAAUGCAGUAUGUAACAUUGCACAAAACAAAGACAGUAGCUGCCGUGAAAGUGGCCUGAAACUGCUUCUCCAAUAGAAAUCCCCGAUCACACUUUUAGACGAUGUGAUGGCGACGUUGGCUAGCUAAACCAAAGCUUUUUUUUUUUAUAACUUAACCUCUCUAAAAAUCGAAUUGUUCUAUCUGUGGCUAAAACUCAUGCCUAUAUACACGUCAUCGGGUCUGACGGUCGACUCGCACCGAACUGCGCAUAUGCAGGCCGUCAAAUCAGAGGCUUCGAUAUAAAGUCGUUUAUGACAAAUGAAAACAUGUGUCUGUCACUCACGAGGUUAGAGUAAUAGCAAGUACAAUUACUUUAAACAUUGGCUCGAAUCUAGGUUUCACUUCUCAUUUACUUCCCAAACCCAGGACUGGCCUGCUUGGUCUGUUUCCCAAGCGUUCCCAGAAGUCUCGCGAUGUUGCGCCUCUGGGUUUAGAAACUGCUAAAAAUUGGGUGGCUGCUAAAAUGUUUUGCUCGCAAUUUGGUGAUGAGUUGUUUUUUGUGGCCCCUACCACCAUCAAAGUUGUCCAUCCCUGCCCUACAGCAAAGAUUAUAUCCAUCUGUAGCAUAGACCAUAUAAAACCAAAGAUUAGCUACAUUCAAAAGUAAACAGAUCUUUGCAUAGACUCAGAUUGUACGUAUGGUCACGUGACCAUACAUACAUAAACAAACCAUGUCACAAAAAAAAAAACAGUGACACAGUUUGCUAGCUAACGUUAGCUAAUAGCCGGCUUUGCCAAAUAACCGAAAAUUAAGACUUCAUACCCGUAACGUUUACAAGAAGCAACGAAGAGUGUCAGACCGUAUACCAGUAGUUAUGUAGCUAGUUAGCCAGAGUAGCAGUCAUUUAGCUAGCGCUGGAACGGCAGUUCCAUGGCAUCCUCAGCGGGAAGCGAAGUCCGAGCCUUCGGCCCUAGCGAAGGGACUUUGGGAGCACUGCCCAGUGCUCGGCCACCACUUCGCUCGCACCACCUACACACCACAACCACCGCAGGUUCCCCUGGAUCUCUGAUGGUGGAGUCGGUGGACGACGCGGAGGGUCUGUAUGUCGCGGUGGAGAGAUGUCCUCUCUGCAACACCGCCAGGCGCAGGCUGACUUGUGCCCGAUGCAUCCAGGCAGGGGAUUUCGUGUACUUCGACGGUAGAAACCCCGAACUAUACACUGAAAAAUUGACAAGACUUAAAAUGCUGAAGGAGAAGAAAGAACUUCUUGAACAGAGGGUCAUUACUGCCAUGGAUAAGAAGGUCCAGGCAGAUCAGCUGAAAUGGAAGAUGAUGUCAUGCAAGAUGAAGAUUGAGCAGCUGAAGGAGGCCAUUGGCUGUGGGAACGAAGAGGUGAAGAGUGGUAAGGACCUGCUGCUUCGCUCCCAGGAGGAGAGCCAGAGGCUGCAGCGGCGGGCCAGCCGCCACCAGGAGAAGAGGGACAAGAUAGAGAGACACAACCAGCGGCUGGGAGAACUGCUGGAGAAGAAGGGCAAGGAGCUGCAGGGUCUUCUGGAUCACCUGGCUGAGGUCCGCAAGGGACACAUCCUGGAGCUCACUGCUCACAUCUUCCCCACACAGGAGGAGAAACAGGGCAGCAGGGACCCAGCGGACAUAUUGUCAGAGUGUGACCUGGCUCUGACCUCCAGCACGGUGAGUGAGCUGGCUGAGGCCCGUCGCACCACCUACCUGUCAGGGCGCUGGAUCUGGGAUGACCAGAAUGGAGAAACCAGCAUUAGCAUCACCGGUCCCAGGGUCACGCUGCCUAGCAACGGGGACUGCUCCCCCUAUUACAGUUGGGUGGAAGACAAGAGCACCAAUGAGGGGCCAGAGCUGGACCACAUCAACCCAGCCCACACCAUCAGUGCAGCUCUCUGCUAUGCUACCCAGCUCAUCAACAUCCUCUCUCAUAUCCUGGAUGUCAAUCUGCCCAAGAAGUUGUGCAACAGUGAGUUCUGUGGUGACAGCCUGAGCAGGUACAGGUUCACCCGUGCUGUCACCAAGCUCAACACCAACAUCCUCCACCUCUGCUUUUCACAGCAUGUUGAGAGUGAGCUGCUGCACCCUCACCACACCCUGAGGAACAUCAUGUUCCUGGUCUCUCCCGACAACAAGAACCUGGGCAGGACUGGUCCAUACGAGGUGACUGCAGAUCUGGAGGACUCCAUGGAGUUUGUGGAGCCGGAGGCGGCCGGCCCGGCGGAGGAGAGCGGGGACGAGAUGGUGACGGACGAGGAGACAGACCUGGGGACAGACUGGGAGACGGUCCCCAGCCCACGCUUCUGUGACAUCCCCUCCCAGCCCAUGGACCUGUCCCAGAGCAUGGCCAUGCAGGUGUCUCAGCCUGUGGGCCAGGCCGGGGGCAUGAUCUCCUCAGCAGCUGCCUCUGUCACCUCCUGGUUCCGGGCCUACACUGGCCAGCGCUGAGGGAGAGAAGCCUGGAGGCUCACUGGCCAGGGUUGUAUUCAUUAGUGCAAAAUAUAUAUAAAUAAACGUUUUGUAAUGUAGAAUAAAAACUAGGGUUUCUUAUUGGACAAGUUCAUUUAGUCCCUCCCUGUUUUAGUUCAUUUGGUUUCUAAUGAAUACACCCCAGGACAGGCUGGACUGCUGGAGCUAUACAGAAUACCACAUACCCAAUCAUAGAGAUAGUUCUGCUCUAUUCUCUGCCUGUAGUCAACUCCUGCGCUGCUCUGCAACCACCAAGAAGGGAUAUUUUGUUUUUACUAGAAAAGUUGUCAUUGAAAUAGCAGCAGUGAUUCUUCUUGUGUAAAUGUUUAUAGUGAGAAAGACUGCCUUUUGGGGAGGCUUUGUUCAAUGAGUAGUCUCUCUCGCAAGACUUUGGGUGCUGCACGCUCCAUCCCAGCGAUUGUGAGAAGACUAUUCAAAGAGAGACUGGACCGGCAGUUGCAUUAACUUACGUUGAUUCAAAAUGUCAAGACUGAGGAAUGCCACAGCAUUGCACUGGAUAUGGGACAUACAAAUGUGGCUUCAUUCUAUCCUGUUAUUUUCCUCCUGAGAUCUGCACUGUCCUGUGUACCCAUCCUUACUGUCAGUUCUUAAUGUUUGUUUUUUUGGGUCAAAAGUAGUGCAUUACACUGAGUGGCGCAGCAUCUCGGUGCUAGAGGCGUCACUACAGACCAUGGUUUGAUUCCAGGCGCCGCCCUAUGAUACUCCCAAUUGGCCCAGCGUCGUUAGGGUUUGGCCUGGGGUAUGCCGUCAUUGUAAACAAUAAUUUGUUCUUAACUGAUUUGCCUGGUUAAAUAAAUCAAAACAUAGGGAAUAGAGUGCCAUUUGGGAUGCAGUUGACUACCUUCAUGCUGCAUUACAACAAAAUGGUUCAUGUAAUGAUUGUGUUUGAAUACUGACAAAUGCCAAACAAGGGGCAUGACCUUAGUGUUCUUCUCAGAAUUAUGACACUUUGUUUUACUUCAAUUGCUGUUUACUUACUGGUCAUGUCUGUGUGAUGGAAGGAGAAUGGGACAAAGAACCCCACUGAAGCAGUUCAACGUUGUACUUUUUGGGGGGGAUUGGUGAUCUAGUGGUAUCUUGUUUUCCUUUUAAUUUUUAUUUGGGGCUCUAUUCAAUCCAUUUUGUAGAAAUUUGGCACCACAGCCCAAUAUAAAUUUGAAAGGCAAUGUUCUAGCAUUGGGCGGAGACUACAUUCAUGGUAAAUGCUGCAUAUGUUGGCUCAUUCAGAAAUUACCUUGAAAUAAUUUAUAUCGUGAAAUCUGUAUCGCUUCAUUUGAUAUGGAUUGAAUGGAGCCCUUAUUCUUUUUAUAGUAACGUGGGUGCCUGAAGCCUCGUGUUUGUGUGGGUCUUUUCUACUACAGGUGGACAAUGACAUAUAGGUGGCAUAAAUUAGAAGGAUAUAAAGGGACACAUCUUUGGCUUACUUCAUUUGUACACUGAACAAAAAUAAAUGCAACAUGUGAAGUGUUGGUUUCAUGAGCUGAAAUAAAAGAUUCUAGAAAUGUUA